UGCUUCUGCUUUGCCUAUUAAGGGAUUUCCAAGGAGGCAGCGCCGAGCUGAGCCAGCCGUGUAAUCAUGGGGCUGCAGCCCUUGGAGUUCAGUGAAUGCUACCUGGACAGCCCCUGGCUCCGGGAGAGGAUCCGGGCACACGAGGCGGAGCUGGACAGAACCAACAAGUUCAUCAAAGACCUGGUGAAGGAUGGCAAGAACCUGAUCGCUGCCAGCAAGAACUUAUCCACAGCUCAAAGAAAGUUUGCCCAUUCUCUCCGUGAAUUUAAAUUUGAAUUUAUUGGGGAUGCAGAAACGGAUGACGAGAGGUGUAUUGAUGCAUCUCUUCAGGAGUUUUCCACUUUUCUAAGAAACCUUGAAGAGCAAAGAGAGCUAAUGGCAAUGAAUGUUAAUGAAACACUUAUUAAACCCUUGGAGCGAUUUCGGAAGGAACAGCUCGGCGCAGCGAAGGAAGAGAAAAAAAAGUUUGAUAAAGAGACAGAAAAGAACUACAGCAAUCUGGACAAACAUUUAAGCAUGUCUUCAAAGAAGAAAGAGCCACAAUUGCAGGAGGCAGAUGUCCAAGUGGAGCAGAAUCGGCAACAUUUUUAUGAGCUGUCACUUGAAUAUGUGUGUAAACUGCAGGAAAUCCAGGAACGGAAAAAAUUUGAAUUUGUGGAACCUAUGCUGGCUUUCUUCCAAGGGAUUUUUACUUUUUAUCACCAAGGAUAUGAACUUGCUAAAGAUUUUAGCCACUACAAGUUGGAGUUACAGAUUAAUAUUCAAAAUACACGGAAUCGAUUUGAAGGGGCACGGUCAGAGGUUGAAGAACUAAUGAAGAAAAUUAGAAAAAACCCUCAAGAGCACAAACGUGCAAGCCCAUUUACAAUGGAAGGGUAUCUGUAUGUCCAGGAGAAACGACCAGCCCCAUUUGGUUCCAGUUGGGUUAAACACUACUGUAUGUUUAAGAAGGAUUCCAACACAUUCACAAUGUUCCCAUAUGAACAUAGAUCAGGAGGCAAAAUAGGGGAUGGAGAAAGUUUUAUACUGAAGUUCUGCACAAAACGGAAUACAGACACUAUAGAUAGGAGGUUCUGCUUUGACGUGGAAGCUACAGAGAGGCCGGGACUUCUCACAACUAUGCAGGCAUUUUCCGAAGAACACAGACAACACUGGGUUGAAAUACUGGGGGGAAAAGAGUCUCGGUUUCUCAGCCUCAGCAAAGCUACAACAAGAUCAGAGGGGGGAGCUCAGCUUGACCAGCAUGGAUUUACUGUUGUGAAAAACUGUAUCAAUGCCAUUGAAUCACGGGGUAUAAAUGACCAAGGAUUGUACAGGGUUGUGGGGGUGAGUUCAAAGGUCCAGAGACUUCUGACUUUGUUAAUGGAUGUGAAAGUUGGAUGCGAUGUGGACUUAAGUGAAGCUGGAGAGUGGGAAGUCAAGACCAUCACAAGUGCUUUAAAGCAGUAUUUAAGGAGCCUGCCAGAACCACUGAUGACAUACGAGCGGCAUGAAAAAUUCAUCAAUCCUGCCAAAGGUGGAAGCCCAGAGACUCGGGUGAAUGCUAUUCAUUUCUUAGUUUACAAACUUCCUGAGAAAAAUCGAGAAAUGCUGGACCUGCUCAUCAAGCACUUGGCUUAUGUCUCCAGCCAUGCCAAGAUAAAUUUGAUGACUGUAGCUAAUCUGGGAGUGGUGUUUGGCCCUACUUUGAUGAGACCUCAAGAAGAAACUGUAGCAGCUAUCAUGGACCUGAAGUUUCAAAACAUUGUUGUUGAAAUACUCAUUGAUAACCAUGAAAAGAUUUUCAAAAACCUUCCUGAUGACACUUUAGAUGAGACAACCUCAAUUUCUCCACGUGCUCCACCCAGACAGUCAAAGAAGCAGCGUAACAAAAGGCCAAUGGCUGUAUACAACCCCUGCAUUGAACUAGAUAAUGAUGACAACAACUCUCCCAAAGAAGACACAUCUACGGGUAGUACAGAUUCACUUUCACCUCAGUCUCUCACUCCUACAGCCAUGUGCAGCAAUCCAGGUUUUGAGAAAAAUCAUCUUUUUACAAAUACCAGUGAUCUUCUGGAGUGGGCCGCCACUGAGACAGCGCUGGCGCACACUCCUUCGGUAUCCUGGAUAAAUAGUGAACCACCUACAGUAUCAAGUGAACCUACCUCACCAGUUCUAACAGAACCAUCACCUCCUAUAGACACUGAAACAAUAACUAUACGCCUCACACCUCCACCAUCUGACAGUACAUAACUCAAGAGAACCAGGUUGGCUGGAGGGAACCCUGAAUGGCAGACGAGGGCUUAUUCCACAGAACUAUGUUCAGUUCCUCUAGCAGUAUGCACUUGAAGCUUAGAUGCUUUACAUGGUAUCCAUGGAUUUCCGUUCCAGUUUACUUGUAUCUUGUUGUAUGACUGUGCAGACCACCUGACCAGAAUGUAGGUGGAGAGGGCCCUCUCUCUGUGCUGAGCAUCAAAAUUUACAUAGGAUAUACUGCCCUAUGACACUUCCCUCUGGAGUCAUUUGCUGAAUAACCUUCCUGGCGUAAGUA